AGGAAGAACAUAGGAGUCGAAACUCAAAAGUAAAAAGGACAAAUGUAUGAAUGUAAUCGUACACAAGGAAAUAAUCUUAUAGAUGCAAUGAAAUGAUAUAAGUGAACCAACUUAUCUAUAAAUUGAAAUUGAAAAACCUCAACCCAUAAAACAAGGAAUUACUCUUUGAUACAAUGAAAUGAUACAAGUGAUAUGAACGGACUAAAAUUUCACAAAUCCAAGCAAAUUUAUAAAACCUUACAACAAUCCUUCCUUCGUAUAUGUAACAUAUGGUGUGCCAUGUAGAUAAAGAUGAUUGAUGAUGGUGUUUCUGGUGGCUUAGUUAGAUGGAGAUGGUACGAGGAAAGGACUUGCUGGCUUAGUCGUCGGGAUGGUUGGGUAAGAAGGAAUUGUUGUUGGGAUGGUGGGCAACGGUGGUAGAGUCACCUUAGGAACUGUAGGCAUGGUCGGCAAUGUUGGAAUCUGGGUGGUUGGCACAGACGGCAAUGUGGGCUUUGGCAAGGUUGGGACUGUUGGCACUGUCGGCAAAGGGGUGGUUGGCACGGACGGCAAUGUGGGCUUUGGCAAGGUUGGGACUGUUGGCAUUGUCGGCAAAGGGGUGGGCUUUGGCAAGGUUGGGACUGUUGGCAUUGUCGGCAAAGGGGUGGUUGGCACGGACGGCAAUGUGGGCUUUGGCAAGGUUGGGACUGCUGGCACUGUGGCAAUGGGCAUUGUGGGCAGUGGAGGCAAUGUGACUUUAGGUACAGAUGGAAUUGCUGUCUGCAGAAGGCUGCGAGCCGCAAGAGUCAUGUGGAUGCUUGAAAGUGAUGAUGCCAAGAUCAGAGUUAGAACCAGAUUAUAACGAAAGGCAGCCAUUGUUUGAUAGGAGUACGGGGUUUUUACUAAGUUUUUCUCAGAUGUGGAGACUAACAUGUAUCAGUGGGUAUUUAUAGGUAGAGAGAGGAGAAGAAUCAACAGAUUGGGCAAGACCAAUGUGAGUCUGAUGAGAUUUGGUUGGAAAAAGUGUGGAGAAACACUAGUUCGUUCACCUUCCAAAUAAUGAAAAUAAACUACUUUUUAAUCUCCAAUAUGGGCUAACUGAGGAACAUGUUGCCCAAUGACAUUGGGUGGGUGGCGCCCAAAAACCAUAUAGUAUGAUACAGUAUACGUCUGAGGAACAGGUUUAUAAAAUUAUCUUGUGGCACGAAAUCCUUCUAGAAGUAGCCUAGAUUUAGUGCAAACCAAAGUGUCAUCCUUAUACAUGCUGACGACAAUACUUGAAAUGUUCGUUUUUUCCCCUUUGUUUUGAAUAUUGGCUAAUGCAUGUGGACAAUCUAAAAGGAAUGAACCCCACUAUAGGGACCGAUAGUUUUUCUACCGAUGGAGUACCGACGGGCUUGCGAAGCCCACUCCGGAUGCCGCACGGACGAUCCGAGCCGUUCAAUAAUUUUAAAUGAGAAAA